UCGUGCUCACUGCAGCGGAAUGAAAAUCGUCCUCGUCUCAGCCUCCCUCCUGCUCUUGGCUCUGCAUGUCCGAGCUGUAGGACCCUUUGAGCACAGACCCAUCACAGGCCACACCCAAGGGCACUGGAGAAGUCACCAUAGCCAUGUCCUUGAUAACCAGGCUGCGGAAGGGGUUCUCGUGCCUACUUUUGCCCUUCCUGAAGAUAAUGGAGGCAGCGCUGGCGACCCUCCCAUCCUCGUAGAAGACACCGGCCAUCGCGACCUCUACAGCACCGCGUCCGUACAGAGCGUCAGCAGAAUCGAGUUCAAUGCUGUCAACACUAAUGACGCGGAAGAAGCAACAACGAAAGGCACAGUGACGGAGGAUACUUCGUCGGAAGCUCAAAAUGCACCGCAGCACAGACAUGGCAGUGGCAAUCAUGGCAACCCGAGUUCUAACAUGGCACUCUUUGUUGACACAGGAUCGCCUCUUCACCUUGGCUUUGUUAACAUAGUAGACGGGGGAUAUUUUGGGUCCGGGAGGCAUGUCAAUAGUGUUGGCAACGUUAUUAGUGGUCCCGUUCCUGUUGUGUACCCUGGACCAAUAUCUGUUGCACAAGGGUUGUCUGCACCUGUCUCUCACAAUGCUCACAUACCUAUAACACACGGGGACGAUGAAUCGGUUCCUGUAACAAAUAACAUAUCUACGCAUGUACCCUCACCUGAAAUGGCUAAAAAGUCUAUGCCUGUAUCACAUACUAUGCACCCGCCUUUAUCACCUAGAUCUGACGUAAAGAAUGAGUCGCCGACAAUGGCACCUAAACAUAUUGUAUCUACUAGUGAGUCUUUUCCUUCGCUCAAUGGUGGUUCUUCCAUAGCAAUGCCCGACAAAUCGACGGCUAUUCCACAGUUCGAGUCAGAAUUUCCGGAAAACAGAGACUAUCAAACAACGACGCCUAUGGAAGAAAAAUCAGAACUACAGUUAGGUCUGGCAGAUAUUCCUAACAUUCCAAAGAGCUUUGUACCCAUUACGGUAGCACCUAGAGGCACUCUGAACGAGAAUCAAAGAGUACCAUCAAUGGCAAGCAAGGAGUCAACACCUGUGGUGGGUGGGACUGGAUAUGUGCGUGUAACACGCGGUGGAUCUUCCCAUAGUACUCAGGACAGACCUUUACCUAAAGCAAGAAGUAAAGUUGCAGCUUCACAGGAGUCAGGACAAGAAGCAAGGGACGCUUUCACACCUGUGGUAGAAAGUGUGAAUGUGCCGGUACUGGAAGGCGGUUUUAUACCAGUGACAGAGAGCAUAAUUACAACAGUAACAGUUGUGACAGCCCCUUCGGCAGGGGGAUUUGUCCCUGUAGCACAUGAAGAUAUUGUACCAGUCACACAGAAUAUUUCUGCACUAGAUCUACAGGGAGGCUUUGUUCCUGUAACACAAGGAAUAAUUGCAAUUGAUGCAGAAGAUGAUUUUAGUUAUGCACCCCAGAGUGAACCUGUGCUUGAGUCAGUGCCUGACACAAGGCCUAGGUCUGUAACUUCGGUAAAGAAUACUAAUAACUUAGUAACCCCCCCAAACCACCGAAUUCAAAACACUUCUCCUGAUGGCGGGCCUGAAAUCUUGUCUGAAAACUUUGUUGGCAGAUUACAACGCGGGCGAAUCAAUCAACAUAGGUUUGGAAGUAACUUUAACACUCUCCGAAGUCCCGACGGCAUAGCCAGGAGCUCCGUUACCUUCAAUUUUGGAACUCCUCGACCGCGUCCCCUGAGUGGCCUUGGAGGUGAUGGUCGCGGGUCUCUCGCUAGGUCGAACUUCCCGCCAAAUCAUUACAGGGUGGCUGGCAGUGAAGUCUCAGUAACCCCUCAUGGAGCUAUCAGAACUUCCUCAGCAGGUCACAGUGGACUUCUAACAGACCUUAGUUCAAGCAAAUCCGCUAAUGAACAGGGCAACAAUCCCGCUGGUAGUUUGGCGAUACAGCGUCCGGUACAAACCGAGUUCUCUUUUCCUGAACCUCGACAGGCUGUGGCUGAACAAGAACAAGCACCAGACUCGAAUUCUAACUUAAACGGACAAGAACCAGUAAACGAAGGGCAAGAGUCAGACAUAUCGAUUAAUAGAGUUGACAACUUCUCCCCGAAUGAUCACGAAACAAGUAGUUCUAUCGUCAGCGUAAGAAGAUAUUCCGUGGGCUACGAAGCUGCAGAUUUUACGCCCUCUGAGGUAGAUGCUUCUCUUCACACUCAUCUGAAGGAAGAGUAACUGAAUGACCUCCGCGGAAAUGAUUACAUCUCGCUAAAAACCGAUGACCAUGUUCUUAAAUGAGCUUCAGGUCCUCACAUGCAAUUCGCUGGUGUUCCGUUGCAUUAAAAAAAGAUUAGCAAGUUUGUUUUAGGCAUAAAACUGUCUUGGAAGCAGAAUGCCUUUCUUCGUAUCAUUGUAUUGUUAUCAUAAAUAUAUUGUUACAUAUUGUUGUUUUUCCAU